CUCUGAUCGGUCUUUCCACAUGAUCUAUAGUUUUGAUAGCACGCCGUUUUCGGAUCUAGAAAAUGCGUUUUCCUGGGUCUUUGAAGACUAUGACGGUUAUUUAUUUGACUUUCCCCGAAUUAUUGAGACUCCUGUUCGCCCCAAUUUUCAUAGACGCCGCCACAAUACCAGGGAAGAUGAGUUCCGGGAGUGGAACAGCGAGAUAACCAGCCUCGCGAAUGAUUGCUACUCCACUCUCGAUGCACUCAUGCUUGACUGUCACGACUGUCGAGUCUUCUACGGAGGGGAGCCGCUGAUUCCUCAUUCCCAACACGCAUCUAUAUCCGAAACACUCGAAUGCCACCAAGACUGCUCGCGUGAGUACUCGCGGUUUGUCAGUGAGCUGAUCCCUAAAUUGUCGUACCGACAGUUGAUGGAACCGCUACCGCCAUCACAGGUUUUAGACAACGCCUGUAGUGUGUGCUUUGAGAGUUACAACCUGGAAAGCAUUGUCAAGAGGUUACCGUGCACACAUUACUUCCACGCCGCUUGUAUUGAUACGUGGCUCUUGCAGUAUACAACUGAGGAGGAUGCUUCCCUCGUAGCCCCUAGAUCAGGAAUUUACCAAGGACUCGAUAAUUCGUUUUACUGGGAUUACCUCGGUCGGGAAUCACUUCUUAACCAGUCAACGUGUCCGGUAUGUCGGUUAAAUGUGUUUGGGGUGUUUAGAUCGAUGGCGCCAGGCCAAAGAAGUUACUAAACUUGUAUAUGUUUAUGUUUGGAAAAGCGGUA